UUCAUUCAUUGAUAGGAAAAUUCCAAUCUAGGAUUGUUUUUCAGUGGCAGCAGGCUUGACAGUCUGUGUUGAACAUGGUUGUGAUCUGGGCAUGCAUGCCAAGUACAUAAUUUUUGCUUCGCAUAUGCCAAGAUGUUUACCUGUGCAAGGGCUCAAAGCUUCUUGUAUACCAGAAUAAUCCAAAUAAAACAGCUCUACCUUGGGUUUGAGCAGUGUGCUAAGGGCCUAACCAUAAACACUCACUGUGAACAAUAAUGAUCUGAAAGAAGGCAAAAAGAUCCAGAUGGAGCCCACUGACUACAAUGAAAAGUUUACAUAUUAAUUUCAAUAGUUAACCUAGCUUCACAGCUCAAAACUGGUUGAGAGAUGAGAGAUAAUCUCCCCCUGAUGGGUUCUAUGCUACCAGUAUCACCACUCUUCAGCAGUAAGUGUGAGAAUGAUGAGCCAAUUCAACAAGAGCACUUAUCAGAGAAAACAUGUGCAUUAGCAAAAUGACUAAGGUGACUGUUAUAGUGUUAUAUUAUCUGCAUAUGUAAAAUGUAUGCGUAAAUUUUUUUCACUUAACAGGGGUAGGAGAUUGAAUGGUGCUCUGUGGAAUGCCAAUUUGUAAAGACACAAAAUCUAACCAAGUAGCUUCAACUUGAACUUUAGCUGAACAGUUCUCAAGCAAUUAAUUUGGCCAUACUAGUACUUAAUAUACCUGACUUGAUAUGCCUGCGUGUCAGAUGCUGCAUCUAAAUUUUGGUGCAUUUACCACCAUUUUUGUUCUAAUUAUUUUAUUGUAGUUCUAGAGCUUUGUAGGGGUAAUGUUAUGAAUAGUAUGUUAGGCAAAUAAUUGGCAAAUUAUGGAAACCUAACAUUGCAGCCUUAGAAAUAAGCCAGAGUUUUUUAUUGGUGAUUUUGAGCAGAGAAUUUAAGUGAGAACUUGUCCACAGAUUUUUUUAGUUCUUUUUUUCUUAAUCACCUGCUAAUUUAUACAUACUAGAAAAUGUUGCAAAACCAAGUUUCAAUCAACUUUAUUGUUAGUCUCUUUUAAACGUGUUAUGUUGCAAGUCUUAUUGAAAUUUUAAAUAAUAUUAAGAUUUUAAGUUGUGACUAAUUAAGUGAGGAUCAGGAAAUUUGUCUUUCCUGUGAUGGGGGAUGCAUGUGAUGACCAGGAGGGACUGCUGCAGCCUGGCUCUGCUGCUGAAGCUGUUGUGAGAGAGAAGGUGGUGGUGGGAGGCUGUGCUUGCUUCAUGCACGACGUGUUCCGCUACUGGUGCCACGUCGUCUUCACUUGUCUGCUGCUCGUGGGUAGUGCCGCUGCCCUGGUCAUCACUCUGCCUGUUUACCUGCAGGCUGUGAACACAGCAGGGACGGCCUAUGUUGGGCUGCUCUUUGUGUGGUGUGUGGUGACUCUCCUGACAGUGAUCUCUUUCUCCAUAAAAUACUUCACUUCUUUGAAAACCUUCUGGUAUGGAGGUCAUGUUCAGAGCGUCCUCCGGUAUGGCAUAUGGCAUGGCGUGGCCUGUGUUGCCAUCGUGUAUGCGCUGGACAGGAAGCGUGUGCUCUGUCAUGUACAGGAGCCUCUCAUGGGUCUUGCGGUGCUCUACAUGAUAAUCAUGCAUUGCUUCUACCAUGGCGCAGUGGUGAGCAGUGGCAAGCUGCUGUGUCCGUGCGGUGUUCUGGCGGGCCUCUUCACUGCCAUGGACUUCCAACUGAACGACGAGUACGUGUGCCGGGGCGUGGUGCGCCAGAGCCCUGCUACUGACGGGGGGGACUGGAGUGACCAGCAGCACGUCCUCUGGACCGUCUUAUAUGCCGUGGCCCUCCUCAUCGUCGCCAUUGUCUGGAUACAGCUGGAGCUCCUGCUACUGCCUGAUAACAUCAGCGAGACAGUGCCAAGUGCCGGUGUGGCGGUGCGAAGCGUGUGUGGCGAGAUGUCCUUUCAUGGAGCCCCUUCUGAGUCAACACCUGCCGACCUAACACCUGGCGAGAGACGAUGUCCUCCUCCCUGUGCUGACAAUGGCGUAUCAUCUCAACUUGUUGGUGAAGUUGUUCCCCAAGAUGACGUAACAUCCGUGAGCUGCAGCUCUCUAGACCAGCUACUGCCUGCCCCGAGGUCUAAAUGCUGUGGAUUUCGCCUGAAGUGUCCCGCGAUGUUCACCAGUGCUACCCAUGUAAUGCCUUCAUGUCCGUCUCAUGCAGUGGCCAUCACUGAUGCCAACGUUGAUGCGCUGUUUUUUUGGUUUGUUAUCUCGACUUUCUGCACCAUCGCCUCCCUCUUCUGGACGGACCUCUUCACCGCCCUUGGCAAGUCAGGAUCAUUUGACCAGUUCCUGAACCUGUCAAGUCAUGGCAUGGCUUGUCACUUCAGUUCCAACCUGAACCAAUGUGGCCCCACGGCCCUGCACGGCUGGCUGGCUGUCUUGUACAUUUGCUUGUUUCUUUGGAGCGUCAAAUACCUGUGCUUGCUGUGCCACUCUCUGGUGCUGCCGCUGUGCGUAGCGUCUCUCUCACUGCCCGUCUCCACGGUCUUCUGGUCCUUGUUUUCUCAGGCUGGACGCUAUGGCAUCAUAUUCACACCCAAGGUUACGGGUGAAGGAGCCUGUGGGUUGCUGGGAGCAAUCGUGGUCUCGUGUAGCCUUGGGUGGUGGCUGAAGUUCAAUAAGCGGGAGCCUUACUGUCGCUGCUCCCACGGCUCCCUCCCAUCCACUCCCUCAUCUCCAACAGCACCACAUAUGUUUGGUGGAACACGCUCCCCACCAGACGUCCUGGUCUACAGUGUCAGGACCUCGGGGGCAGCUGGGCAGGAUAGUAACACUGAGGACAACAACCAGGCACACUGUGGUCGUCGAGGGCAGGACAGUAACACUGAGGACAACAACCAGGCAGACUGUUGUCGUCGAGGGCAGGACAGUAACCCUGAGGACAACAACGAGGCACACUGUGGUCGUCGAGGGCAGGACAGUAACCCUGAGGACAACAACCAGGCAAACCGUGUUCGUCGAGGUUUACAUGAGGCCCACACCGUCGUAGAGGUGCACAGUCCCUGACUACCUGAGUUCAAAACCACGCCCGUCUGACUGCCCUGCCUGUAUUAUUAGUGCUGGUGUGUAACGGUCAAGCUUAUCUCAUAGUCAUUUUUGUGCUCAAGCUUUAGAUGGCAAAUCUAUUGCUACAUUUGCUCACUUAUCUUCGUUGGUACAAGGAAGAAAUCUCAUUUUAUGUAUAACAAAGAUUGCAAUUGAAACCCUAAUGUGUAAUUUAACAGGAAGUUACUACUGUGAAUGGCGUUAGAGUGUACGCCUAACUGACUAUGUGUAGGCAGACUGUAGAGAGAUGUUGUACCACAAGCAUUCCAGUUUGCGGUCAAGCGAUUAAAAAUGUUUACCACCACCUAAUGUCUGUUUCAUUGUUUUUAACCGUUAUAAUUUAGUUUUAUUGAUCAAUUAUGGCUGUUCUGUAAGUUUGAGGGUUUGAAUGAAAAUUCUGUCUUAAUUCCACUAGCAUAAUGUGUUACGAUUCUGGUUUAUUCAAGAUUAGGUCUUAUUUAUCAUAAAAUUCAGAGACUUUCUGUGAUUCGGAAGGAUUAUGAUGAAUGAAUAUUGCUGUUAUAUUGCUUCGUUUAAUGUAUUUUAUACUUUCCUAAGCUAAGUAUCUUCAUCUGAUCCUAGUUUUAUUCUCAAGACGAAACGUCUAUUUCCAAGUCGCUCAAGCAUAAGGCUAAGAGGAGUGCACAGCAAUAAAUACGCGCACUUCUGUUCUGGCUUCCAUGAAUGCAGCAUUGAAGUAUCGUCUUCAUUUGCAGCAUCAUUCCUCAUCUAUGUUCAUGUGCCAAUAAAUUAAAGAGUAAGGUGGUAGAUAUAAUAAGCAAAAGCCUGUAUGUGUUCCAGUUGUAAGUUUAUGUGUUAAAUUCUUGGGAGUAGUUCUAUGGGAUCAUUGCAGAUGUUUGUUAUUGCUUUAGUCCGAGCCUCGUGGCUCGUCUGAAGAUCUUGUAUUUACCUUCUCUAAUGUUCUCGUAUUAAUAUUUGUACGUAAACGUCGUCAUCCGCUUGCUUACAAUCACAGCAAAACAGAACAGAUUACUACUGAAGCUCUGCCUAAAUUAGAAAAUUGUCCUGGGAAUGCUCUUUGUGGUCGUCAUGUAUUUAUUUAACUUCUUUAUAUUUGUUGAUAGUUUGCUUCUAUCGAUCGCUAUACCGGAAAAGAUCUAGAUGUAUUUUUGAGGGAGUAACAUUUGAUUUUUUGUUUCAUACCUUAUGGUCUUAUUGUUUGCGAUUAUUGUGCAGUUUGCAUGCCGUUUGUUGAUCUAAACGACGAGGUUUUGUGCCGCAUCAUCUUACUUUUAUUACUCGACCGCCCAAAUGUUUCCUCUCUCUCACUCCCUCUUGCCCUCUUGUAUUCUCGAACUAACACUCUUGUCUUGAUUUCUUCUCCUUGUCACACAUUCUAGCCCUCUUAAUUAUUAUUUGUACCUCUUACAGGUCUUAUACCUUGUUUUGUGUGACACACUUUCUCCUAUUCUCUGGUUUUCAGCAGACAUCUUGGCUUCUGUAGACAAGUUAUUCAGUGCAGCAUCCUCCACAUGUACGGCAUCUUGGCUUCUCUAGACAAGUUAUUGAGUGCAGCAUCCUCCACAUGUACGGCAUCUUGGCUUCUCUAGACAAGUUAUUCAGUGCAGCAUCCUCCACAUGUACGGCACUUUAGUCCCGUCUCAGGAUGUCAAGCAGUUCGUGCGAGCGAUAGUAACAUAAUUUGUCUACUCGUCCAUUGCUGUUCAGGUGCUAAUGAUGCCUCAAGAAGUGUAUAAAUAACCGCAACAAUGAAUAGAUGAAUGGCUUCUCUUGCCAAUAAUAGUAAAGCCAAAAGUGUAUAUUUAGAGCAAAGCUCCCUGGAAUCACGGGAUAUUUUUAUGGCCAGUAGCGUGUCUUAGAAGAAAGUAGAAUGCAUAGUUAAUCUGAAUAGUUUUAAGAUAAGAUAUGCUUGUGAUAUCUGCAAUCUAUGUGCACCAUUUAUAACUCCAAAGAGAUUAAUUUUAUAGAUAUCCAUCUUUGAAUUUGUAAAAUUGAUAAUUAUAGAAAAGAUAAUUGAUUAAGUACAUGUAUUCAUUCCAAUAAUUUACAUUAUUAUCUCAUGGGUUACUUAAUGAAUUUAUCGAUACACUUGUGAUUUGUCACAUCAUGCCAAACGCUUGCAUUUAUGUUUAAAAAGUCAAUGAACGAAUCGAGUCAAUGAACCCCUUCUUGAUGUGCAUCUCAGUUAUUUGUGACUUGCACUCUACAGUUUAUGUGCUUCUUUGGGGAUCUUGCCAACUGCAUUAGACCUCAGCAGCCAUAAUUGAUGCGCCUGUCCUGAGAGCUUCUGGCGCUGCAAGCAGCAGAGAUCGCUGCAGCACUGCAGGUCUCUGUUGUGGAGUUAAUAUGUCUAGCUUGUCUUGCUGUGUUGACCAAACGUGGCAUCCAACAUCCUCGUGGCGACAUGCGCUAUCGUUCCUGUUCUUGACAGUUCCGCUUGUUCCUCUGCCAGCUUCCUUGCGGUCACUUCGUAUCACCGCGUUUUGUUAAAUGAACGUCACUUGAAAUCGCACAAUCAUCACAAACAGAUUUGAGUUGAAUGUCGUUUAAUGUAAAUUAUGGAUUUUGCUGGUCCCCCUUCCUUAUCCCGAUACUCACGCAGUCAUCCACUGUACCUAGUAAUAUUUAGGCGAUGCCUUGCACCUCUUCAACUAAAAAUUAUUAACAUAAA